AUGGGCCCUUCUGUGCGGUGGAGAGCAGAGCAGCCUAGGAGGACGUCUGAGGACCGAGCCGUGGCCGGGGGCCGGCACCAGAGCCCUGUGGCAGGUCUGUCUGCCGCGCCUCCACCCCGGAACCGCCGGCACCCGGCGGAGGUGCCUGUGGGUUCGGUCAUCUCGGCCGUGUCGCGACUCUCCCUACACAGCAUCGCACAGAACAAGGGGAUCAGGCCUUUUCCCUCGGAGGAGACCGCGGAGAGUGAGGAUGACGUGUACCGCAGCCUGGAGGAGCUGGCCGAUGAACAUGACCUGGGGGAGGACAUCUACGACUGCGUCCCCUGCGAGGAGGAAGGGGACGACAUCUACGAGGACAUCAUCAAGGUGGAAGUGCAGCAGCCCAUGAAAAUGGGCAUGAGCGAGGAUGACAAGAGGAAUUGCUGCUUGCUGGAGAUCCAGGAGACCGAGGCCAAGUACUGCCGGACCCUGGAGGACAUCGAGAAGAACUACAUGAGCCCCCUGCGACUGGUGCUGAGCCCUGCGGACAUGGCCGCCGUCUUCAUCAACCUGGAGGACCUGAUCAAGGUGCACCACAGCUUCCUGCGGGCCAUCGACGUGUCCAUGCUGGCGGGGGGCAGCACGCUGGCCAGGGUCUUCCUGGACUUCAAGGAAAGACUCCUGAUCUACGGGGAGUACUGCAGCCACAUGGAACACGCCCAGCACACGCUGAACCAGCUGCUGGCCAGCCGGGAGGACUUCCGGCAGAAAGUGGAGGAGUGCACCCUGAAGGUCCAGGACGGGAAGUUCAGGCUGCAGGACCUGCUGGUCGUCCCCAUGCAGAGGGUCCUCAAGUACCACCUGCUCCUCAAGGAACUUCUGAGCCAUUCUGCCGACCGGCCUGAGAGGCAGCAGCUCAAAGAAGCCCUGGAAGCCAUGCAGGACCUGGCCAUGUACAUAAACGAGGUGAAGCGGGACAAGGAGACCUUGAAGAAGAUCAGCGAGUUCCAGAGCUCCAUCGAGAACCUGCAAGUGAAGCUGGAGGAGUUCGGGCGGCCCAAGAUCGACGGGGAGCUGAAGGUGCGGUCCAUAGUGAACCACACCAAGCAGGACAGGUACCUGUUCCUGUUCGACAAGGUGGUGAUCGUGUGCAAGAGGAGGGGCUACAGCUACGAGCUCAAGGAGGUCAUCGAGCUGCUGUUCCACAAGAUGACCGACGACCCCAUGAACCACAGGGACAUCAAGAAGUGGUCCUACGGCUUCUACCUGAUCCACCUGCAAGGGAAGCAGGGCUUCCAGCUCUUCUGCAAGACCGAGGACAUGAAGAGGAGGUGGAUGGAGCAGUUCGAGAUGGCCAUGUCCAACAUCAAGCCGGACAAGGCCAACGCCAACCACCACAGCUUCCAGAUGUACACGUUCGACAAGGCCACCAGCUGCAAGGCCUGUAAGAUGUUCCUCAGGGGCACUUUCUACCAGGGCUACCUGUGCACCAAGUGUGGGCUCGGCGCGCACAAAGAGUGCCUGGAGGUGAUGCCGGCCUGCAAGAUCACGUCUCCUGCAGACCUGGACUCCUCCGGAGCAGGGCCGGGUCCCAAGAUGGUGGCCCUGCAGAACUACCACGGUGUGCCGGCCCCUCCUGGGAAGGCCCCGCUCACCUUCCAGACUGGGGACAUCAUCGAGCUGCUGCGAGGGGACCCUGAGGCUCCGUGGUGGGAGGGCCGGCUGUUGCAGACCAGGAAGUCGGGGUAUUUCCCCAGCUCGUCCGUGAAGCCCUGCCCCGUGGAUGGGAGGCCGCCUGUCAGCCGGCCGCCGUCCCGGGAGAUGGACUACACCGCCUACCCCUGGUUUGCGGGCAACAUGGAGAGGCAGCAGACGGACAACCUGCUCAAGUCCCACGCCAGCGGCACGUACCUCGUCAGGGAGCGGCCCGCUGAGGCCGAGCGCUUUGCCAUCAGCAUCAAGUUCAAUGACGAGGUGAAGCACAUCAAGGUGGUGGAGAAAGACAACUGGAUCCACAUCACGGAAGCCAAGAAGUUCGAGAGCCUCCUGGAGCUGGUGGAGUACUACCAGUGCCACUCGCUUAAGGAGAGCUUCAAGCAGCUGGACACCACGCUCAAGCACCCCUACAAGUGCUGGGAGCGCGCCGCCCCCCGGGCCUGCAGCCGGGCCCCAGCCUCCUGCGCCUCCUACAACUUCUCUUUCCUGAGCCCGCAGGGCCUUGGCCUUGCUCCUCAGGGCCCCUCCGCUCCCUUCUGGUCAGUGUUCACGCCACGGGUCAUCGGCACGGCGGUGGCCAGGUACAACUUCGCCGCCCGGGACAUGCGGGAGCUCUCGCUGCGGGAGGGAGACGUGGUGAAGAUCUACAGCCGCAUCGGCGGGGACCAGGGCUGGUGGAAGGGCGAGACCAACGGACGGAUCGGAUGGUUCCCCUCGACGUACGUGGAAGAGGAGGGCGUCCAGUGAUGGUGGAGCGUGGACAGGCCCGUGGACCGUCCUGGGAGAGGCGCGGACGCCGUGCCUCGUGGAGGAGAUGCCCGCCAGCCUUGCAGUCCCGACCAGCCACAGGGACGGGGGCGGUGUGGAGAGCCCUGCCCCGGAGCCGUCUGGGCGUCCGUCCGCCCAGGGAGGCGCUGCCUGUACAUAGAGAUGUGGGCCGGCCCGGCGCAGCCGCGAGUCUGGCUGGGCUGUGGUUCCCGCCACUGACGCUUUCCCAGGGAGGCCUGCGGACGGCAGAGGGGACCUUGUGCUCUAAGCCCCCACGCCCCACUUUCCUGCUGCUCCCUGGGGGGCCCCACGGGACCAGAGCCAGGCCGUCUGCUGUGGCUUCCGCUCAGCCCAGCUGUGCUGGGUAGAGGACGAGGGGGCCUGCAGGGGGACGCUCCGGUCACUCUGGCUUCCAGAACUUCCCCUCCUGGCCAGGCAGGUGGGCCGCUGCCGCCCCCACGCCCCAGUCACUGGUACGCUCUGUCCUGGUGCUCCUCCUGGUGCUCCGGGCCCCUUCCCCGGCAUCCCAGGGUGCGGCUGCCCCGCCCACCGCCCGGAUGCAGCUCGGGAAUCCCGGAACAGGCGGAUGUGGGGGAACAGGAUUCUGCCCUGGGCAGGCCCCCCUGCCCGUGUCCUGCCCAGCAGGUGCCCCACGCGGUGGCCUCUGCACGUGCGUGCUGGGGCUUCCUUCCGGCUGGGCCUGGGGCCGGCUCAGAAGUGCUCUUGGGGGUGGCUCGCCCGCCUGUUCUCUCCAGCCUUUGGCCUCCAGCGGCCUCAGCAGACCCCGGUUCCUGUCCCCUGGAGUCUCCGGGGCCCGGCAUGCUGUCUGGCUCUGAGCCCCAGCCCGAGCGUCUGGGGAGCCCUGGGCCCCCGCCGGCUCCCCUUCUCCCUGUGUCAGCUGCACAGCAGGACUGGGCCGGGCUGGUCCUGCUGAGGGCAAGGUCUGGGUGCCACUGCCCACCCGGGAGCUCCUCCCAAGGCUGCCGGGCAUCCCGGGGCGGGGGGCGGGGACAGAGG